AUGGGGAACGCGGCCUGGCUCAGUGAAAACAAGCGCACACUCGAGGCCGCGGAGACGGACCUUGACAGGCUUGAUCGAUCGAAAGAAAAAGUCGCGAAUCUGGCGAUCAGGCGAAGAGAUGCGGGCAGCGAGUGUGACCAGCUCAGCUGCUUCGUCGCUAAGAAGCUAUGUCGUACCUUCGCCGACAAGUCUUACGUCACCCUACCGCGCGAGCUCCGCGAGAUGGUCUACGACUACGUCUGA